AUGGCACGAUAUUCGUUACUGAUAGUCAAUUUUAUAUGGAUUAUACAUUCAACAUAUGAACUUCAUCUUCCCCUUCCCGACGACAUAGACGGCGAGGAACUGGCUGCUGUAGUGGUAGAUGUGAAGGAAGACGGUGAAAGAUUACGACGCUCAACAGAUGGAAUCUCUGUUCCAGCUGAAAAGAUAGAAAUCACUUUUCCAUUUAAUAAUGGGACAGUAGAUCUUCAUCUGAGAAGAAGAAAUGAGCUGUCUGUAAACGUCCCGGUGUAUAUAAGUGACGCCCGUGGGAAUAUAGUCAGACAACUGAUACAGAGGAAGGAUAAUGUGUUCUUCUAUCAAGACCAGCAAAAGUUCGCAGCAUUUUACGUGGAGACCACAGAAACCUCGUCCUGCAUGUUUGGGAGCUUUGAAGACAGAGCAGAAGAAUUCUUCUUAGAACCUAAGGACUUGAACUGCAGCGGAUCUCCUGACAGCACUUCCGUGUUUAAAGUUCUGAAAAUCAAACAUAGGCAGUUCCUGUAUGACGAUGACAUGAAUAUUGAACGACCACUCUUUCAAACGACAGCUAAAAACGCCAAUUCAUCAGAUACAAAACGCAAUGUUACAGAAUACAAAGUAGAAAUGCUUUUGAUUGUAGACUACUCUAUAUACAACUAUUGGUUUACCCAAAGCAAAGCAGGAUCGACAGCGAACAAAGACACGGAAGCCAAGUACAAUAUACGACAAUAUUAUGCCUGGGUUAUAAAUGGGAUGGACGUACGGUACAAAAACAUUCAGACAGAGGCUUACAGCAUAUCCGUCGUUUAUGGAGGAAUCUACAUUGCUGAUACAGCAGCAAAAUCUGCUUUCACUGAAACUCACAAAGAUUCCUCCAGCCCAAAACCAAAAGUGGAUGCCGAUACUGUUUUAGAUUCCAUCACAGCCUGGUUACAGAACACUUCUGGUCUCCCUGAUCAUGAUAAUGCAAUCAUGUUUUCAAGAUACGACUUUACAAAUAGUGGUUCAAGUAGCAUUAUUGGGCUGGCUUGGAUGUCGCAGGUUUGUAAAUCCAGAAGUGUAUCUAUUGUGGAGGACCAUUUCGACUUUAUCAUGCUUUCAACCGCUGCACAUGAACUGGGACACAGCUUGGGCGCAUCUCAUGACGGACUUGGUAAUAAUGGCUGCAAAGAUGAACACUAUAUAAUGUCGUCUCGGGCUUCUGUGGUUGAAACUACAAACCCUUGGAAAUUUUCAUCUUGUUCAACGAAAGAAUUUAUCGCCUAUAUCGACAGUCUAAACUCGGGUGAUGGAAAUAAUUGCAUGACAGCUCUGAGCGGAUCGUUUGACUCCACAGCUUUAAACAAGUUCACAAGUUUGCCGGGGCAGAUUUUUGAUGCCGAUGCUCAGUGUAAACAUAUUCAUGGCUCUGGAUCAUCAUUCUGCAACACUCUGUAUGACGUCAAUUACACAACCAUUUGUACAACACUUUGGUGUUUUAAAACGGAUGGAAGUGGGGAUUGUAUACAAUCUGUGGGCGGGGACGGUCUACAGUGCGGAAACAGGAAGUGGUGUAUAUCAGGUGUAUGUACCUAUGAUGUCUCUGCACCCCCAGGCGACGAAUCUUGUUUAUUUGGUGAUCAAAUGAGAAAGAUGUGUACAAGUGCGAAAUCACACCUGUGCUACUUUUCAUUUUUCAAAACAGCUUGCUGUAAAACGUGCUCUCGUUUCUAUACCGGAAGAAAAGGUUGCGAAUACGGUGAUAAGUUACCUGGUUGCACAUCAGCAUGCUGCCCACAAUAUGGGAAGACGUAUUGUUGCGGUCAUUGUUUCUCUAGGACCACACCACAGACAACGGAAAUAACUACAGAAGAGCCAAACCUAUGUGGAAUUCUGCAGACUACAUCCAGAAGACCGCCUACAUUAACGACGGAAUUCCCAACCACGGCAAAUGAAGAGAUAAAAUUCACGUUUGUUUUGGAGAUGGCCAUUCUCAUUACAGAGAAUUUAUCCGAUAGCAUCCAAUACUCAUCUGUGAAAGGGAAGGCUGAAUCAGCGUUAUCAACCAUCUAUAGUAAAAGACUGGGAAGCCAUUUGAAAACUUGUAGAGUGACAGCACUCAGGAAAGGAAGUUUAAUCGUUGAUUAUGGCCUGAUCACAAAAAGCGAUGCAUCUGCAGCAUCAAGCAUAAUGUCUGUGAACCAAGCUCUGUUGUCUGGUAAAGAGAACGUGACUUAUGACGGGAGGAGUACACCGGUAUCUUCAAUGGCAUUUGUGGAUUCUUCGGGAGGAUUCGUGAACUUUACCAGUACCACCACACAGUGUCAAAUUCUGGAGGCAAAUAAUCCGUGUAACAGAGGAACACGGUGUGUUGAAGAACAAAACGGACCGGUUUGUCGGUAAGUAAUCUACUGAUACAACCGCAGGAUAAAACAUUAAAUUUAAUGCCAAUCAAUGGUGCAUAAAUGUGCACUAUCAAACGUUCACGAUUCGUUAUGCAAUACGUAUGUCUCGUGCAAACAAAUUGUCAUCAGAGUAUCAAUAUUUACCAACUAACUCUUCAAUGCAAGCUGAUUUUCAAAAAAGGAGAAAUAAUACAUCACGUGAUAUAUUCAUUUAGGUUUUAAAGAAGUGUUUUAUUUGUUUGUUUGGUAUAGUGUUAUGAAGGCAGACGAUGCAACAGGUAAUUUGCAAACCAAACUUACAUAUCAGGUCGACAAGGGAUGCUUACUCCUCCUAGACACCUGAUCCCACCUCUGUAUUCCUUAUAGAAGUUUUGAGAUUGAUCAUUAUUCGUUAUCUUCACCUUAUUAUCAGCCUCUGUUAAUACUCUGUAAAUAUUCUCUCUCCU